AUGUCGACUCCAAUUCGCAUCGCCACAUGUCACGUCUCGCCCGUCUUCCUCUCCGCCCGACGAACAACCGACAAGGCCAUCUCUCUCAUUGAGCAAGCGGCCAAGAAUAACGCCAACCUCGUCGUCUUCCCCGAAACAUACAUCUCAGCAUUCCCAAUCUGGUCGGCCCUCAGACCACCAACCGACAAUCAUGACCUCUUCAAACGCAUGGCCCUCGAGUCCGUCUACGUCGAUGGCGACGAGGUCAACGCCAUACGCAACACGGCCAAGAAGCUGAACGUCAUGGUCAGCGUGGGUAUCUCGGAGAAGGUGCGCUCGAGCAGCGCGACGCUCUACAACUCCAACGUCAUCAUCGGCAGCGACGGCGAGAUCUUGGUUCACCACCGGAAGCUUAUGCCGACCUUCUUUGAAAAGUUGACCUGGGCGCCUGGUGAUGGGUACGGGCUGCGGCUGGCCGAGACGCGGUUUGGCAAGAUUGGGAACUUGAUCUGCGGCGAGAACACGAACCCUCUCGCGAGAUACGCCUUGAUGUCGCAGGGAGAGCAGAUUCACAUCUCGACAUGGCCUGCGAUUUGGCCUACGAGAAUCCCGGCGCCAAAAGCUUCCUCUGGGAGUGAGGGGGGUUCCAGCGUGGCCAAGGGAGCCAACUACGACAACGUUGCUGCGAACAGAACCCGUGCUGCAGCGCACUGCUUCGAGGCGAAGUGUUUCGGGGUUCUCUGCUCAGGGGUUCUUGGCGAAGAUGCUGUCGAUAUCAUAUCGUCGGGUUCAAGCCAAGCUGAGGCUGUUGCCCAGGCGCUGCAGAACUCCCAGCGCGGUGCAACCAUGUUCUUGGAUCCGGCAGGGUCGUUGCUGCAGGGAUUCACGAUUGACGCGGACACGAAAGAGCAGAAGUCUGUUGAGUUCCUGCAGGCCUCGGAGGACAUUCUGUAUGCGGAUAUGGACGUUGGGGAUUGUAUCGAGGGCAAGCAGUAUCACGAUGUUGUCGGAGGAUAUCAGCGGUUAGAUGUGUUUGACUUGAAGGUUGAUAGGAGACGACGCGAGCCGGCGACCUUUACGGGUGAUAUUCUGGAUGUAAAAAUAACCAGCAGCGAAGAUUCUGGAGCGUAUAAAACCUCCGAUCAGUAG